UAGCUGUCAUAGAAUGGAAGACACCUUCCUAUCUCGGUGGAAGAUCAGACGAGUACUAUAUAAUCGAAUGUAAAAAGUGUAAUAAUGAAGUCAUGACAUGCAUUAAUAGUUGUGAGGGUGUCAAAGUCAUCCACUUUCCAAAAGAAACAAAUAGCGCCACUGCAAAAAAUCUCUCUGCCUACAAAUAUUACCAAUUCAGAGUGUUUUCAAAAAAUGGAGUCACACAUUUAGCAGAGAAGAAUGGCGAAAAGCCAAAGUACGCAACAUUACUACAAAGAACAAGUGAAUCCAUCCCUGGUCCACCAUCUUUGAAAAUAACAUUCAUGAGUUCCACUGCUGUGCUUGUGAGAUGGACGUUGACUGAGAAAAAUGGAAUAAUAAUUUUCUAUCAAAUCAGCUACUAUCCUGUUGCAGACGAGUUAAAUAAAUACCUCUUGAACACUACUGAAAGCAGCAUCGCCAUCACUGGACUUACUAUGGGAAUAGAAUACUACAUCAAGGUUCGAGCCGCUACAAAACGAGGUUUAGGACGUAUCAGUAGUAAAAAAGUCACCAUGAAUCAAGGAGCAAACAGCAACCAAGGUGGUGAUGACAGAACAUCGACUGAUGUUACUGUACCUGUCCUUGCGUCAAUGCUCGCUGUGGCUCUUUUGGUUGUUGCUGUCCUUAUUGUGGUAUAUAUACUGCGAAGAAGAGGAAUAAUAAUGAGACAAAGCCACUCUGAAGAGAAGGAAAGAAAUGCUCCUGUUGGCAAAGCAUAUGACCAACCAAUUAUUCUUGAUGAUUUCACUGGAGAAACCACUGAUGAUCUUUACGCUUUCGUCCUUGAUGAAAACUUAUGGGAAGUACCAAGAAAAAACCUGUCAGUUAUCAAGAGACUUGGUAGUGGAAACUUUGGAUGUGUUGAUAAAGCGACGGCGAUUGGGCUGGAGGGAUGCCCUGGACAGGCGACAGUUGCUGUGAAGACUCUCAAAAAGAAUGUAGCAGAAAAGGAUAAAGAAGACUUCUUCACCGAGCUUCGACUGAUGAUGAGACUAGAACCCCACCCUCAUGUUCUUAAACUAUUAGGGUGCUGCACGAAAUCCGAUGGCCCAAUGUGCAUUAUCCUUGAAUAUUUGCCCUAUGGAGAUCUCCUUGGCUACUUAAGGCGAUCACGUGGUCACGAAGAUACCUAUUGUUCGGGAGAUCUUCGCCCAGAGACAAAGUUGACAUCACGUGAUUUAUUGAAAUUCGCCUGGAUGAUAGCUGAUGGAAUGAGUUUCUUAGCGGAAAAUAAGUGUGUUCAUCGUGACCUUGCUGCUCGCAAUGUUCUUGUUGGUGAAAAUAAAAUCUGCAAGAUAUCAGAUCUUGGACUUGCAAGGAGAAUCAGAGAGGACGUCUACACCAGAUCAAAAGCGGCUCGAUUACCAGUGAAGUGGAUGCCACCAGAGUCGCUUUUCCAUGGAGAGUCGUCUAUUGCUAGCGAUGUGUGGUCUUAUGGAGUUGUUUUAUGGGAAAUAUUUACUCUUGGUGAUUCUCCUUAUCCUAAAUACAACGGGAAAGACAUACCAAGACUGCUGCAACAAGGCUACAGAAUGCCAAAACCACUCCACCUAUCGGAGACUCUAUACUCAAUGAUGUUGAGAUGCUGGCAAGACAAACCCGAGGACAGACCUUCCUUUACCAUGAUAUGUGAUGAAGUCAACCAAUACUAUAACACAACUAAGGAUUAUAUCAACCUUGACGUGUUUGAAGAUGCUUUGUACGUCAACUUCGAUGUCCUUUAAAAAUAAAUGGACGGCUUGCAGAAAGUUUGGCCUCAUUGAGCAUCAUCUCAUAGCACACUCAUGGAAAAUUUGUAGAAUAAUUUUCUAAACACGAAAAUAGCUAGACUGACCUUGACUGCUUUUUCGAUGAGAACUACUCACCAUCACAAUGAACAUCUUUGCGCUCCCAGAUUCAGUCGAAAUGAAAUCCUAAUAAGUUUAACAUCACUGUAAUUGCAGCUUUCCUUCUAAGCUGCAAGAAAUUAAACUUAAGUAAAAGUGCAUACAGUAUAUAGUAG